AUGUCAAGCUCAUAUACCAAAGAGCAAGAGACCAUAGUGUUGAAGACGCUUUCCUAUAAACCACAUCAAUUUUACCAGAUUCUUGCAGUUGAGAAAACCGCUACAGACGGUGAAAUCAAAAAGUCGUACCGUAAACUUGCUAUAAAGCUACACCCAGAUAAGAACCCGCAUCCAAGAGCUGAUGAAGCUUUCAAGUUCGUUAAUAAAGCAUGGGGCGUAUUGAGCGAUCCCUCUAAAAAGAGAAUAUUUGAUCAAACCGGAUCUGACCCUGAUUCCAGAUUCUCGGGUCAUUCUUCCGAAGGUUCUUCCACUGGCGCCAGUCCCUUUGCAAGAGGCUCUCCAUUUGGGUUCCAAAAUGCUGGUGCAGCGCCAUUUGAUGAUGACAUUUUCAAUUUAUUUUUCGGUGGUGGACGUGGUGGUCCAACUUUUACGUUUGGUGGUGAUGGAUUUACUUUCCAGACCUUUGGAGGCGGAGAACAUCCUUUCAUGAGGCACCGUCAAGCCCAGACUAGACAGAGAACAAGAUCACAACAGCAAGCAAGCGGAGAAGUCCCAGCUCAGCCUCCACUAAGGGAAACGUUGUCGCAAUUGCUACCUGUUCUAUUGAUCUUGAUAGUCCCAAUCCUUUCCGCAUUGUUUUCUGAUUCGUCAUCAGCACCAGAAUAUUCCUUUCACAAGUCGAAGCUGUUCAGUGUUGAAAGAAAGACUCCAAAAUUUAGCAUUCCCUUUUAUGUUUCUGAUUCCUUCAUCGAGAAGAAGAAAUUGAGUGGAAAGCAAUUGAAAAACUUCGACUCGAAGGUAGAAAAUUUAUACAUACAAGACAGAAGAUCCAAAUGCGCCAGAGAACAGCAUAUUAAAAAUGAAAUGAUAGACGAUGCACAGGGAUGGUUUUACACAGACCAGAUGAAGCUUGCCGAAGCCGAAAGCCUUCCUAUGCCCAACUGUCAAGCAUUGAGAAACUUAAAUUUAAUUUAA